ACCUGCUAAAAAAUCAGAUUGUUUUGAGUGUUUUUUGUACCCAGCUGAUAUCCUGUUCCUAAAUAUCUACGGGGACCAAGAGGCCAUCAGUAUCUGAGGGCAAGAUGAAGAAAGGCAAGGCCCCCUCCUCUAGGAGAGCUGAAAUCCAGCAUCUGUACCAAUGCUACACCUCAGAGCAGACCAUUUUGCCUGCCUGCGCCCUCCUCAGGUUCCUCCACAAGGAGCAGAUGGAGCUCACAGCAAAUGAAGAGAUGGCAGAGAGUUUGAUUGAUAGAUAUGAGAUUGAAGAGACAGCCAGAGAAAGCAGGUCUAUGACAUUUGAAGGAUUCCUCAGGUACAUGGAGUCCAAAGACUGCUGCGUGUUUGACCAGGCCCACACAUCUGUGUACCAAUACAUGGACCAGCCUCUCACCAAUUACUUCAUCUCCACAUCACACAACACCUACCUGACUGGAGAUCAGCUAGUAGGAAAGAGCCACCUUGAUGCCUAUUUUUGUGCUCUGAGGAAAGGCUGUCGCUGUCUGGAGAUUGACUGCUGGGAUGGGCCAGAUAUGGAGCCUGUAGUCUACCAUGGCUACACCCUGACCACCAAGAUAUUCUUUAAGGAUGUCAUCACCACUGUGGAGCAACAUGCCUUUGAGGUGUCUGCUUACCCGGUGAUACUGUCAUUAGAAAACCAUUGCUCCAAGGAGCAGCAGGAGGUCAUGGCCCAGUACCUCAUCUCUAUCCUGGGGGAAAAGCUGCUGAGAACUCCCUUGGAUCACCCAACUACCGGAGACCUCCCAAGCCCAAAUGACCUGAAGUAUAAGAUCCUCAUCAAGAAUAAAAAGAUAAAGCCUCCCAUUAAGACGGAGGAUGCAGCAGGGACACAGGCAGAGGAGAGUGUAGAUGAGGGAGAGGAGGAUGAGGAGGAUGAUGAGGAGGACGAGGAUCAGCAAACCAAAGCAAAGUUCUGGUCUCCCAGAAAGGCAGGGUCAAAGACAAAAAAGAAGAAGAAGGUGGCGGUGUCAGAGGCUUUAUCUGACCUGGUCGUAUACACCAGGUCUGUUAAGUUCAUCAGCUUCAGUCAUUCCAAGGACAAUCAGAACUACUAUGAGAACACAUCAAUGGCAGAGAAGAAAGCUCGCAAGCUAGUCAAAGCCUCAGGUGCAGACUUUGUUCAGCACAACCAGAAGUUCCUCAGCAGGAUUUACCCAGCAGGCUCGAGGACGUCUUCUUCCAACUACAACCCUCAGGAGUUUUGGAACGUUGGCUCACAGCUCGUGGCUCUCAAUUUCCAGUCUCUGGGAUUGCCUAUGGACCUUAAUGAUGGCCGCUUCCAGGACAACGGCGGCUGUGGAUACGUCCUGAAGCCGGCAGUGCUCAUGUCCAGUCAGAGGAGCUUUGAUCCCGGCUGCAGCCAGCACGGCCACAAACCCACACACCUGCUGCUAAAGGUGAUCAGUGGGUCCAACCUACCCAUCUCCAGGAGUGGCAAAGGUCUGGACCCCUUUGUCAGAGUGGAGAUGCAUGGGAUUGCAUCUGACUCCCGCAGAAAAAGCACACAUACUGUGAAAAACAACUCUCUGAGUCCUCACUGGGAUGCUGACAUGAACUUCAGCAUCAGCGUCCCCGAGCUCUGCCUUAUCCGCUUCUGUGUCCGAGAGCAGACCGGCCUCCUCAGCAGUGAAUUUGUGGGCCAGUACACCCUGCCCUUCACCAGCCUGAAGAAAGGCUACCGCUGGGUGCCUCUCCGAUCCCGAGACGGAUGCAGCCUGGAUCCAGCCUCCCUCUUUGUCUUUGUUUGGUAUUCCUAAAAACAGCUCUCCAUAUCAGACUUACACACACACACACCUCGCCAACAGAUGGAGAAGCGUGGCUGAUGCAGCCACAACAACAAAAGUUUAUAAAUAAAUCAAAAGCACCAUUUCCUCAGA